AUGAAGAUCAGAAGUGGCCGAAUCGCCACCCUUGCGGUGGCUGCGCUAUCUGCGCAACCAUGCCUUGCCCAAGAACCCACAAUGGUUAAGCACGAGUCCGGAAUCACCUUUGGUACCUGGUCCGCUGCCGCUGGUGGCUCCCAAGCUCCCUUUGAGUUUGGCCUGGCUCUGCCCGAGAAUGCCUUGACGACAGACUCAACCGAGUAUAUCGGUCUCCUUCGCUGCGGCAAAAGCAAGAAAGGAGAGGGCGGCUGGUGCGGACUUUCACAUGGCGAGUCGGGGCAGAUGAUCGGCGCCCUGCUGCUCGUGGCCUGGCCGCACGGCGACCAGGUGCUGACCAGCUUCCGCUACGUCACGGGUUACGACUUUCCCGGCGUCUACAAGGGCAACGCCACGCUCACGCAGAUUUCGUCAAAGAUCACCGAUGACUACUACGAGGUCACCUACCGCUGCCAGGGCUGCUUGGCCUGGGAACAGGAUGGUGAUGCCGGAAAGGCGUCGACCAGCCAGGGCCACUUGGUGCUGGGCCGCGCGUCUGGCUCCGACACGCCAACCAACCCAAGCUGCCCGGACAAGAUCGUCCACGGGUUCCACGACACCGGGUUUGGCCAGUACGGCGCAGUGUUGAAGGGUUUGGCGAGGAGCGAGUACAGCCAGUGGGCUGGGCUGGCGACUAAGACUGUUUCGGGCAACUGCGAUGCUAGCUCUCCAACAACCACAGCAGCCACCAUGACUUCAGCUCCAGCAACAACCACAGGGGCAACAGCUCCGGCCACGACUACCACCUCGGCACCUGCCGCUAGCUUUACUCCCGCACCAGCCGAGAAGUUUGACUAUAUUGUGGUCGGAGCCGGUGCGGGCGGAAUCACGGUUGCCGACAAGCUGAGCGAGAAGGGUCACAGCGUUUUGCUGAUUGAGAAGGGACCACCAUCGACAGGCUACUGGGGUGGUACCAUGCGCCCUGACUGGCUCAACAAAACCAACCUGACCAGAUUCGAUGUUCCCGGUCUCUGCAACCAAAUCUGGGCCGACUCUGCUGGUGUUGCAUGCACGGACAUGGACCAGAUGGCUGGUUGUGUGCUGGGAGGUGGCGUUGCCGUGAAUGCCGGCUUGUGGUGGAAGCCUCACCCUCUCGAUUGGGACGAGAACUUCCCCACUGGCUGGAAAUCCAGCGACACUCGCCAGGCCACAGACCGUGUCUUCUCCCGUAUUCCAGGGACCACAAGACCCUCACAAGACGGCAGGAUUUACUAUGAUCAAGGCUUCAAUGUCCUGUCCUCGGGUCUCAGCUCAGCGGGGUGGUCGCGAAUCGACGAACCCAACUCGUCGCCUGAGCGCAAGAACCGGACAUUUGGCCACUCGACCUUUAUGUUCUCCGGCGGCGAACGCGGUGGCCCCCUGGCAACCUACCUCAAGACUGCUGCCGAACGCCGCAAUUUCCGCCUUAUCACCGACACAAGUGUCAAGAGGCUGGUACGCUCCGGUGGACGCAUUACGGGUGUCGAAAUCGAGGGUAACCCCGCAACUGGUCACGGCUAUGCGGGAGUCGUCAACGUAACAGCAAGCACGGGUCGUGUUAUCCUGUCAGCUGGCGUCUUUGGUACCGCAAAGGUACUCUUCCGCAGCGGCAUCGGUCCAGCCGACUCCCUGGCCACAGUCAAGGCGUCUGCGUCUGACGGCGCAUCCAUGAUCGGCGAGUCGGAAUGGAUCAACCUCCCCGUGGGCUACAACCUUGUUGACCACGCCAACACCGACACCAUUGUAGACCACCCAGAUGUCGUUUUCUACGACUUUUACGCGGCGUGGGACCACCCGGUCCUGUCCGACGAACAGAAAUACCUAAGCAGCCGCACGGGUAUCCUGGCGCAGGCGGCGCCCAACAUUGGCCCGCUGUUCUGGGAAGAGAUCAAGGGCGCCGAUGGCAUCGUCAGGCAGUUCCAGUGGACCGCCCGCGUUGAGGGCACGACAAACACGUCCAUGACCAUGAGCAUGUAUCUCGGCCGCGGUCUGACCAGCAGAGGGCGCAUGUCCAUCACCAGCAGGCUGGACACGCGUGUCGUGACGCCGCCGUACCUGCGCGACGAGAAUGACCGCCUGGCCGUGAUCCAGUCGCUCGAAAAUGUCCGCUCCUCCCUCCGCGGCGUGCAGAACCUGACCUGGCACGUCCCGAACUCGAACCAAACCAGUGAGGCGUAUGUCAACUCGCUGUUGACGACGCCUGCCCAGCGGAGGGCGAACCACUGGAUGGGUACCACCAAGCUCGGCACCGACGACGGUCGCAAGGGCGGUACGGCCGUCAUCGACACCAACACCAAGGUCUACGGUACCGAUAACCUCUUUGUCGUCGACGCCUCCAUCUUCCCGGGAAUGGUGACCAGCAACCCGUCUGCCAUGAUCGUGAUCGCCGCUGAGCACGCUGCCACCAAGAUUAUGGCGCUGAGCCAGUAG